AUGCCAAACUACAAACUCACUUAUUUUAAUAUGAGGGGGAGAGCAGAAAUUAUUCGUUAUAUAUUUGCAUAUUUGGACAUAAAGUAUGAAGACCACAGAAUAGAACAAUCUGAUUGGCCUGAAAUCAAGUCAACUCUUCCAUUUGGCAAAAUUCCCAUUUUGGAAGUCGAUGGAUUGAACCUUCACCAGAGCCUAGCAAUAGCAAGAUAUCUGACCAAAAAUACAGAUUUGGCUGGAAAAACAGAAUUGCAACAAUGUCAAGUUGAUGCAGUCGUGGACACAUUGGAUGAUUUCAUGUCUCGUUUUCCUUGGGCAGAGAGAAAACAAGAUAUAAAAGAUCAGAUGUUUAAGGAGCUACUCACAUGUGAUGCAUCUCAUCUUCUGCAAGAUUUAGACACAUACUUAGGGGAAAAAGAGUGGUUUAUUGGUAACUCUGUAACUUGGGCAGAUUUCUACUGGGAAAUUUGCAGUACCACACUUUUGGUCUUUAAACCUGAUUUGUUGGACAACCAUCCCAGGCUGGUGACAUUACGUAAGAAAGUCCAAAGCAUUCCUGCCAUAGCCAACUGGAUAAUGAGAAGGCCCCAAACCAAACUCUAG